UUAUUUUGAAGUCUGCGAUUUGACGAUAAAAACAGUGUUUGGACUGAAGCUAGUGCGUUAGGCUUUCUCUUCGUUUGACCUUUUCAAGUGGAUCAGAAGUCGAAUAUUUCGGUGAAACGGUUUUAUUUUUGUUGCUUUGCGUUUUUAGGUGUUUUAUUUACAUUUCGUCCAGUUAAAGUAAGUCGCUAGCUACUUUAAAAGCGCGUUAGUUAGCAAGGUUUGCUACAAGUGCGCUGAAAAUGGAGGACUACAACAGGCCUUCGUCUUAUCUCGAUGAUCCCCCGAACAGUCGACUGUUUCUGGUCACCAGCAAAUCGAUCACUGAAGACACUAUUCGGGAGCGUUUUGCCCCUUUCGGUGAAGUCCAAGACAUUUGGGUUGUAAAAGACAAACAGACAAAAGAGUCUAAAGGAGUUUCUUUUGUGAAAUUCGCUAAAUCCUCACAGGCGUGUAACGCCAUGGAGGAAAUGCACGGCAAGUGUCUGGUGGAAGGAACCAAACCCAUUAAGGUGUUUAUCGCCCAGUCCAGAUCUUCUGGGAGUCACAGAGACGUCGAGGAUGAGGAACUGACCAGAAUCUUUGUCAUGAUUCCCAAAACAUUUACUGAAGAAGACCUGAAGGAGACAUUCAAGACCUAUGGAGAGAUAGAGUAUGCCAUUGUCAUAAAAAAUAAAUCUACAGGUGAGAGUAAGGGUUUGGGCUAUGUCCGAUUUCACAAACCCUCUCAGGCUGCCAAGGCUAUAGAGAACUGUGACAAAACUUUCAGAGCUAUUCUUGCUGAACCAAGGACAAAAAACUCCUCAGCUGACAACGACUAUUUCAGCAAUCAAAGAUCCGAUCAUGUAGGAAAUGAGCCAGGCUUAAGUGCCUACCCAUUUGGUGCAGAAUCUAGUAGUUACGCUGCUGGAGAUGGCUGGAACUCGGACAUGAUAACAAGGUGUCUGAUGGUGUCGUCGCGAGUGCCUGUCGCACAGGAGCAGAUUUAUAGCCUGUUUGAUCUGAUCCCAGGAAUGGAAUACUGUGAGAUGCAAAGAGACCAAUAUGGUUUCAGUAAAGGCCAGGCUAUGAUUCGCUACAGUAAUUUGGGAUCUGCAGUGUAUGCUAAAGAAAAACUGAAUGGCUUUGAGUAUCCUCCUGGGAACCGACUUUCUGUGGCUUUCAUUGAUGAUGGAGAGGACAGGACCAGCCCAGUAGGAAAGAUGGCCAUGCAGUUGGUUGCAGCUCAGAUGAUGUCUAUGGUGUGGAACGGCCCCUCUGGAGCUCAACUAAUGAAGACCACUGCAGGUUAUGCAGCUUCAUCGUUGCCCCAGAAACCUCGUGUACAGACAGAUGUUGUCCUCCCCUCUCAUAAGAAACUGGCUGCUCCUGACAGUGUGGUCAAAGAGAGGCUUUUUGUCAUCUUCAACCCCUCCCCAUUGCCAGUGGACGUACUUGAAGAUGUGUUUUGUCGUUUUGGCUCUUUAGUGGAGGUGUACCUGGUACCAGGCCGGAAUGUUGGCUACAUUAAGUAUGCGGACCGAAAGAAUGCGAACGAUGCCAUGGCAGCACUUCAUGGCAAAGUGGUAAAUGGUGUGAAAAUGAAGGUCAUGCUUGCUGAUCCACCUAAAGAGGAGUCUCACAAGAGGCAGAGAACUUACUGAUGCAGCUUCCACAUUGGUUAAGAGUUUAAGUGACAUGACGCAUGACUUCGACAUGACUGGACGGAUUUUUACGAUGACACGACCUCAUAGCUACGGACAGUGACUACUGUACAUAUGCUGUUUGAUGUUUUGCUAUGCGGAUGAUUGCUAUGUCUCCUUUUAAUACUGUGUACUUUUUUUCGUAUAUGUAAUUGUGAAAAACACAUAAGCGGUGUAAAUUUAAAGACUGUGAAGACAAAGACAGAACAGACACCAGACAUUGCUGUUUGCGUUUUCAUGUAAAUGAUCUUACUACCAAUAAUUAAAAAAAUAAUCCAGAUAAA